AUGGCUGUCCAGCAACGAGUCGCCGAGCUCACGUGUGCGCGAGCUGAGCAAGAAUCGUUUCAGAGACGCGUUGCCAUGACUGAGGUCAAAUACCUGGAUCUUGGAUUAGAAUACCACGCCUUUCCGCUGCAGCUUCGUAGGACCGAAGGAGUAGCACAGGCAGACUGUCUCUCAGCCUUCAUUAUGCGUGAGGGUGCUCCCGCGCCAGAUUGUAUUGGAUUCCUCAACGACCUCUGGGAGUUGUGCGCCACAAGUCGACAUCACUUGGAACACUACCAGUUGGACGCAGCGGGCGCUGCAUUGAGUACGGCAACAGAAAUAUUAGAAGCACUGGAUGAGCAAUUAGUGGCCGUGCAUAUGUGCGUGGAUACAUUGCAUCGCCAAUUCUCCGAUAUGAUGGACGACAAUGUUGACUUUGCAGAGGGGAGGGAGUACCGACUGGCAAUGCUGCCUGAUCAGGGUCGCGAGAAGCACGCAUUGCUACGUGGUUGGGCCAUGGCGUUGCCACAUGUUCGGGUAUUGUUUCGUAGUGGCGCCGUGCGAAGCGAAGAUGAGGCACUUUCGAUGGUUGUUUGCUCUGUUCCCCCAGCAUGUUUGCCAUCUGGCAUAGCGGGUGUACGAGGCGUGCUCCCAGCCCGUGUCGCUCACCCAAACUCAGAUGUCGGGAAUGAUCUGCAAGGCGAAAACAUGCCCACAGUAUUCCCGGACGACAGCUGA